AUGCCACCCCGAGCAUCCACUAGAGGGCUUCUGUUGUGGGGUGUUUGUAUUGUUUCCGGGUUAUCAUUUCAUCGCCAUUUUGCUGGUGAGAAUCAGAAUUCUGAAGAGUUGGUUCGAGGCAUAGGAAACACAAGGCGAGAGAUGUGGGACCAGGGAGGACAGCCCUGGCCACAGUGGCCUCUGGGAUCACAACAGCAGUGGAUGCAGUCCUUUCAGCAUCAGCAAGAUCCAGGUCAAGUGGACUGGGCUGCUUUAGCACAAGCAUGGAUUGCACAGAAGGAAUCCACUGGAGACCAGCCCAGUGGCCAGGAAAUGCAGAACAUGGAGCCUGCACCCCAUAAUAAUCAUGGGGCCUUUCCGGGCGAUCUGAAUUUUGCCAGAGGAUGGCAACCAGAGUGGGGGAUGCAUGGCCAGCCUCCCCCUCCGCCUCCAGAACAAGUGUGGAUUCCAUCUGGGCAAGGACCAAUGGAUGUCGUCAACCCGUCAGAGGACAGUAACAGUCAGGAUAGUUUGGAAUUUCCUGGAGACCCACGCCGUGGGGGCUUUCCUCAAAAUAGUCAUGGCUUUGGGGGCCAGCCUGAACCUUACCCUAUUGGCCCAGUUAUUGUCAAUCAGUUUGAUUAUCAGCAUGGAGCAGCGCCUACAGGGACAGCAUAUGGACCGCCUUCCUCUGGGUUUCACGCACCUUACUGGUCUGAGGGUCCUCAAAACAGAAGAGACCGGCUCCCUGGCUUCAGACCAGAACGCCCCAGAUCCCCUAACCAGUUGGGACUAAAACCAGAGACACCUACUCUUGAUGCUGUUAAAAGAAGGACCUUGCCUGCGUGGAUUCGAGAAGGCCUUGAAAAGAUGGACCGUGACAAGCAGAGAAAGUUGGAGAGGGAGAGGAUGGAGAAAGAGCGAGCUGAAAUGUCAAAUGAUGAAAUGGAUAGCGAUAUGGUAGAGGAGGAAGGUGAUGGGCCUCGGUUGCCACGCAAGAGCAAAUUUGACAGUGAUGAUGAGGAUGGUGAAGAAGAUGGUGCUGGAGAAGAUGGGGUGUUAGGGAGGAGACAGGAAUUUGGUGGCAGAGCUUCUCCUGUUCAAGAAGACCAGAGUGAACCAGAGAUGACGGAAGAGGAGAAAGAAUUUCAGCUGAUGCUGAUGACUAAAACCCUUCUCACUGAAGUUCUCCUUGAAGUCACAAAUGAAGAAAUCCUCCUAGUAGCCAAAGAGACCCAUCACAAAGCCACUAAAGCUCCUGCAAAACAGCUGGCACAGUCAAGUGCACUGGCUUCUCUGACCGGCCUCGGCGGGCUGGGUGAUUACGGAUCGGACGAGAGUGAGGAUGAGGAGCGAAGCGCGAAGGGGUCUGACUCAUCAGACACAGACGAUGAAGAGCUCCUGCACCGAAUUCGGCAGAAGCAGGACGCCUUCCGUCGCAAAGAGAGGGAGCUACAGCAGCAACAGGAGAGGCUGGCACUGGAGGGACAGGCUGAAAAAGAAGAUUUGGCAUUGGACCGAUUGAGCAGAGAAAGGGCAAGUUAUGAGGAGGAGCAGUUAGAUUCCAAACACAAUCAGGAAGUUAGGGAAAGGGAGGCGGAGCCUACACUAGAGCGACGCAGGUCGCGUAGUGAGCCAGAGGUCAGUGAGGUCAAGCGGGCAGUUUCGAGCAAAGAGCAUAUAGUACGUAACGGAGGAAGUGCCAGCCCCUCAAGAAGUGAGCGACGUAGUCGAAGCUCCAGUUCCAGCUCUUCCAGCAGCCGGUCCUCUUCAUCCUCCUCAUCCUCAGCCUCCUCUCGCAGCUCCUCACGCUCCUCCUCACCCCGAAGAAAGAGGCGACGCAGCCGCUCUGCCUCCGAUGGGGCUCGCAGGCGCAGUCGAAGUCGCAGUUCUCGCAGACAUCAAUCUGAGCGUGUCAAAGACAGGAGGCGGAGCAGCCGCGACCGCAGCAUGGAGCGUUCCUCUCGUCACAGGAAGCGCAGUCGCUCACGGCAGCGCAGAUCCAGCCGGGGCCACAGGAGCAGGUCCAAAGAACGCCCCAAAGCUAGCCGCAGUCGCAGCCGAGAGAGACGGCGCAGCAGGGAACGCAGGCGCAGCCGGAGUCGCAGUACGAGCCGCAACAGGCGGAAACAAAAAGCCCCUAGUAAGGACAGGGACAGAGACAGGAGGAAAGAGAGGAGCCGGAGCCAUGAAAAGGAUAAGAAGAAGAAAGAGAGAGAAUUAGAUAAGAAGAAAGACAAACAGAAGGGCAAGGAGAAAGAGGGGGAGGUAAGAGAAGACAAUGGCAAAUCAAAGAGAAGAAAGGAGCGUGAGAACACAGACUCUCACAGUGAGAGGUUCUCCCGGCAAGACAGCAAAUCUAGCAAGAAAGGCUCUGCAAAAUUUAGCAAGAAAAACUCUGAAUCCGAUUCCAGCAGGAGUAGGUCCCCUUCCCCUGAGAUUAGCAAAGAAAAGAAGUCUAAAAAAUCUAAACGUAGUCGAUCUAGGUCAACGGAAAGAUCUCACAAGUCUGGUAAGAAGGCAAGCCGCAAACACAAGUCUAAGUCUCGAUCAAGGUCCUUAUCUCCCAGCCGCCGCAAGCGCUGAGGGGCAUUCAGCCUCUGAUUUGUGCACUUCUUUUAAAAUUCCAUGAGUUAACAGGCUUGUCUCAUUGUCGAGGCAACGUUGUAGGUGAACUCUCCACUCCAAACCCCCUCACUCCCCCCAUUUUGUUAAUACAUGGUAUUUUUAAGUGUUAUCUUCAAAAUAGGACAUUUUUGAAUAAGUUUUUGCCUUGUAUCAUGCAAAAAUAAGCGUUCAAGUAGUCAAUAGAAUCUUGAAACUGUAACAUUUUAAAACCCAACACAUAAGGAAAUAAAAUCUUGUUUAAUGUAAAUUGUCCAAUAAAACAAUGAUUCUUUCUGUCUGACAUGGCCUUUCAUUUUGUUUUUAAAUAUCAGUAUUCUUGACAGACACCUGUUACUGUGUUUUGUGUUUUUCAUAGUCUCACAUCUAGAGAUUUUUCAGGUCUGGCUGGAUGUACAUUAAGAAUCUAUUUUUCCUGUAUAACAUGCAUUUUUAUAGUGAAAAUUCAACUUUGUGUCUGCGCACCACUUAAAUUUUUGUCUUAAAGGAAUGUUCUGAAUUCAAAGCAAGUUAAGCGCAAUCGACUGCAUUUGUAGCAAAAAAUUUAUUAGAAUUUUUUUUUAAAUCAAGGUUACAGUGAGGCAACGGAAGUGAAAGGGGCCAUUUUUGGAACAUUUAAAGGCAGAAAUACGUUGCUUUAUAAUUUUAUAAAACACAUUAAUUCUGUUAAAAUGUGUGUUAUUUGAGCUGUAAAGGUGUGAAUAUUUAAAUCAUAGCUUUUACGGUCUUUUUAGGGUUUACAGCGUUACAUCCUCAUGGCAACGAAGUUGUAAAAUUGGAUAUAACUUUACACAAUAGAUUGAGGGAUUUUUGAAACCGUGAGUAGUUUAACGUUUACGGAUUGGCCCCAUUCAUUUCCAUUGCAAGUUACUCAUUGUAAAACAAGCUACUGUAACCCAAACUCUGGAUUACAGUGAGGCACUUAAAACUAUUUUUUAAAGAAAGGAGGGACAAGUCAAAACUAAUUUUUGUGGUAAUCAACAUUAUGCCACACAUUCUGUCGAUAGAGCUUAACUUGUAUUGACCCCGAAAUAUUCCUAUAAGGGCAUUUCCUCAGUGACGAUAUUUUAAGAUUCUUAAGAGUUGCAUUUUUUAUUAUUGGUAAAGAGUGCAUAAUGUUAAUUAGAAUGAAGGCUGUCUAGUAGUUUUUUUCAAGCAAUCUUUGUAUAAAUAAAUUGUAGAGUUAAAAAUGUCA